GACGGAGCUGGGACUAUUCACGGUCACCAUCUCUAAUAAACAUCCUGAACUAUGGACGUACCACGUCUAACUUGUGCACAGUGUAAGAAACGCAAACUCCGAUGUGAUAAAUUGGCGCCGUGUUCGGCUUGUCGCAAUGCAGGUCUUGCAUGCCAGACGGUACAGCGUGCGCGCCUGCCACGUGGGAAGAGUGGGAAAAGUCGAAAACAGAAGCAAACUCUCGAGAGCCGUGUCACGAAUCUGGAAAGCCUGUUGAAACAGCACAGUGAGCUCAAUACAAGUUCAACUACUUUUGCAGGCAGCACAGGAACUGUUCCCAGCCCUAAUGCGCCUGGAGGUCAAAUUAUGGCUACAGACUUUUGGUCUGCACUCUCUGAAAGCAUCUCUGGUCUGCGCGAGAUGUUGGAAGAAUCUGAAGAUGAGACUGAAGAUGGAUCAACAGUACACAUGCAAAAUUGCAACUCUGAAGAAACAGAAGGCACAUCUUGCAUGCAAACGGGGUUGCUAUUCCCGAGUCUCAGCUCUAAGCAGCACAUGACGCCCCCAUUCACUUCGCUCAACGUCAGUAAGAUCCUACUCAAUCUAUAUCGGGCUCGUGUGGACACCGUGUACAAGAUUGUGCACUGGCCUACCACCGUCACUCUGGUCGAGUCCAACCGCACGAACCCGUCACCUUCUAUAUCCAAUCGAGCGUUGGAACGUGCAAUCUACUUCAUGGCGUUGUGUACCAUAAGAGACGAUGAAGCGCAUGAGCUGGGUCUUGGUGUUCGGGCGGAGCUACUCAGGAACUACAGAUCGGCUGCAGAGAGAUUUUUGACGAGCUCAGACUUGCUGAAGCAUCCGGACGUCGAGACGGUCCAAGCAUUCGUCAUAUAUCUGGUUGGACUCAGAACGUGCCUGAACAAUGCAACCACUUGGGCCUUGAUCGCUAUCGCCGUUCGAGCCACGACUUCUCUAGGGCUCGGCGACGAGGAUGCUAAGAGAUUCACCCCAUUUGAUCUGGAGGUCCGACGAAGACUCUUAUAUGCCAUUGGCAUCUUAGAUACACACUCCGCUCUCGAUCGAGGUACAAUACCAAUGCUGGCAUCGACUGCCUUCCGCCAUCCACCGCUUGAUGUCAAUGAUGAUGAGUUAUCACCAUUGCAGGGUGUAUGCGCGACUCCGUCACUGGGCGUGACAGACAUGACCCAUGCUAUGAUGUCGUAUCAGGCGAUGUUAUGCCAAAGGCGCAUGUACGAGCUAUCACAAGAGUACGAUGAAAACUACAAGAACUGGCCGAGGAGGCUGCAGCUGGUCGCAGACUUUGGUCGGUACGUAGAGAAAGUUUGCAUACAGACAUACGAUUCGCCCACACCACUCAAUACACUUCUGAAGAUUUCUGGAAAGAAAAUACAUGUCAGCCUGGAGCUGCUCCUUCGAAGGCCGCCCUACCGCCAGCCACAUGACACGGUGCCUCCAUGGGAUGACUACGACAUCAUGCUUGCUGCGACCGAAGUACUCGAACAUCAUCUGCAAGCACCACCACCCGAGCUAGGUCCAUGGGCUUGGAAGAAUUGGGUCCAGUGGCAUGCUUUGGCCGUGGUACUGGCGGAGCUGGUGGUCAAGCCUCAAGGGCCUUCUUUUGCUCGGGCUUACACUAUCGCAACAAAGAGUUUCCAGUACUAUGCUCGGAUUGUAGCCGACUCUCAAUCGGGCAUGCUAUGGAAGCCCAUUGCGAAGCUUAUGCGUCGGGUUCAAUGCUCCCAACAAAGCUCAGCUGUGGCGCAAAAAGCGCUACUGCCGGACCACAUGAACGAUCUGGAGGACACGUUACGGUCGUCUCACCCAACCUUGUUGAAGGCCGAUGAUAACUUCGACUUCAGCUACUGGAACGUCGAUAAUCAAGCAACUGUCUCAUUUACGGAUGACAUAGGUCACGCAAACCAAGAUUCGACACUGGGCGAUGACGACAUGUCAUGGCUGGCGUGGGAUUCCUUUCUUUCGGAUAUGACCGAUAUUACUAUGUGA